UGCACGCACAGCAAGAUGCAGUAAAAGUCGUCUGCCACUCAAAGAUGCGAUCCCACCCAGAAAAUAACAUUGCCCUGAUGACAAUGUCAAGGUGCGUGUGCGUGCCCAUAUUUCCGAAUAGUAUUGCCUGUCUUUGAUUUGUUUAUUUUACUUUUUUUUUUCGUCUGCACAGUCCUGAAGUUUUGGCGUCCCUCACCACUGAUGUCGGACGCGUUCUGUACCGGCUUACACAAAUCCAGCUGAAAGGAGACGUAAAUUUCGUGGCCACUCUCCGCGUCGCUCACGUACGUUUUUUUUUUUCUCUCUCUCUCUAUUGCAUCACGAUGCCGUUGAAUUGUCAUUACUCGAUUAGUACACCGGGUUUGACAAGCAUGUGUUGCGUUCCUUAGACAAGUACUGCGUUCCUUAAAUAGCAGUCAACGCUGUGGAGGCUAGAGAGACUCCUUGCAGUGGCUUCGUUCGCACUUGGAUAUAGUUCGAUGUUUCUUGACCGCAAUUGCGCGCAACAGUUGUUUAUAUAGGCUCAGUAUUGAAUGAAACUAGUUUUAAUCCUUACAAACAAACAUACUAUAGUUUGCAGCUGCUAAUGUGUUGUUUUAGAUCAUUUUUAUUUUUGUUGUUCUUUUCGGGCAUUUAGCGAGGAGCCUCGGCGAACGCUGUUGGCGCACAGCGCAGCAUGGAGGGAACGCGCGGAGUGAUAACUCUUCUUGACCGAACUUCUUGCGUGACUUCACAGCAUUGACUGCUAUGUACGAAACGGAGUAUAGAAUGGGGACACGUCAUUUAAGUGACGCAUCAGCAAGCGUUCAACUGACAGAGUGUUAUCGGCGAGGGCAUAGACUUAUGCUCAAGCAUCGUGAAAACAAGAGCCACAAAAUGCGUAUGGUAAUUUUUGUUGGCAGCCCGGUUGUCACCACCACAGGAGAGCUUGGUUUGCUUGCCAGACGCUUGAAGAGAGAGAAAGUCAAUGUUGACAUUGUAAACUUUGGGGAAUAUGCUGCAAACAUGGGAAAACUGUCGAAUUUCAUCAGCAUCCUCAAUGGAGAUGGUACUGGCAGAUCACACAUGGUGACUGUGCCAGCAGGCAAUAUCCUGAGCAAAGUCGUUGCAGGCACUCCAAUAGCCCAAGGUGACAGCAGGAGUGCAAUUAACUAUGACCUUGACUUUGAUGACGAUGACCCAGCUUUAGUUCUGGCGCUGCGCGUGUCCAUGGAGGAGCAACGUCAAUGGCAGGAUUACGAAGUCAGGCAGGAGAUGGCCAAUUCACCAAGGGAUGCUACUCUGGCAGCUUCUGACACUGCAAGUGCAUUUAUGUCGGCCGAAGAACAGCUGCUUCUGGAGCGGGCCCUCUACAUGGGAACAGAGCCAGGUGCUUUCGGUGCAGUAGCCAGCUUGGCAGACCCCAGAACCAUGUCUGAGGAUGAGCAGGUUGCUUAUGCUGUGCUGAUGUCCCUCCAGCACCAGUCUUUGCCUCAGCUUGUCCCGCCAAUUCUGCCAGACAUACUGCUUGCUGAAGUUGAUGAAGAUGCCAUGGAUACAGACGAGGCCAAGCAGGUUCCAGAACAGGAUGCAGUUGGUGAUGAUGAAUACGACGACAUAUUCCAGGACCCAGCCUUCAUCAUGUCCAUUCUUCAGAGCCUUCCUGGUGUAGACACUCUGAGCAAUGCUGUCCAAAGUGCUCUGGCAGAGAUCACCCACAGUGACCAGGUCAAGGAACCGGCUGAUAAGGAUAAGGAUGUCAAAGACAAGCAUAAGUCAAGCGAGGGGAAAUAGCAGUGUGCUUUUAACUAGAUCUGUUUUUGGGGCCCAGUGUGCCUGGAAGCCUAAGCUUCUUUUUUAACUAGUGCCAUAAAGGACUGACCAGGGUCACUUGCUUUGUUAAUAAAGGCAACAGGCUGCCCAUA